GAUGAUUAAUAUGUUUAGAGCGCGUGCGACUAUAAUUCACAAAUUGUUAAUGAUCAUAUCUUAGGAUACUAGUGGAGAACGUGCUGCUAUAAGACUAAGGGAUUGUGGAUGCAAAGAGAAUCAAUAGGGCAUUCUUUUGUGACGGAAUGUAUAAUUCUAAAUUACCGUAAUCUAAUGCUAUUAACAUUUUCUUUACAAUUACAGGAGGAUAAAACUGCACUUCAGUUUUCAGUGUAAGCUUGCAUAAAAUUUAAAGUUGUCGGAAGGCUUUCAAUUGAUUUCUUGUUAGCAGCUUGUUAUAUAGACAUUAGAGGGAAAUAUACGACCUUUUAUAAUCAAAUGACGUCUUUUUAACAAAAUUAAAUGUUAGGAAAAAAGAAAUGACGAUAGAUCAUUACGUGGAUUGUAAAGUCUGUCACGGUUCAUCAAGUAGUUUUAUAGAUACAAGCCAUUCUAUGUCUCAGUCUCUCUUAUUUCCAGGAAAUAAUGUCCCACGAUCAGGUUCUUUUCGAGAACAGAACGAACGUCUUGUGUUACCGUUGCGUUCUGGUUCCUUCAGAGAACCUGGGGAAAUAGAAAAAGAAAGGAAACGACCACGUUCUAAAUUGAACAAUGGAUCUUCAGGGAAGGACUUGAAAGUGUCAUCACAUGUUCACGGAUUGAGACGUAGAAGUAGUUUACCACUAAGUACUCCAAACUUACAUCAAAUAUCGCUUGAAAGCAAGGAAAAGGAACACUCAGUUCGUAGGGUGCGCUCAUUUAAAACAACCACAAAAGGAAUAGUGAAUAGGGGUGAUUCCUUUAGGAAAAAGGGUGACCGUGUUCCGUCAACGGAACAAGUAAGAUAUGCAUAUACACCGAGUCCAAGGCCUAAUCGUCGUGUUCCUCUAGAAGUACAAGUACAGAAGACAGUGGAUAUUCCUCCUGAAAUUUCGUACUAUAAAGUUGUAGUGCUUGGUUCUCAUGGAGUAGGCAAAACUGCAAUAACGCAUCAGUUUAUGACAUCGGAAUAUGUUGCCUUUGACAAUUCAAUCGAUCAUGGUGAAGGAAACAGCAUUGUUCCUGUACAGCUUAAUGGAGAAGAAUCUACUCUUGAAUUCCUGGAUUCCAGAGAAAAUGAGAUAAAUCUAGAGAAUAUCCAAGCAGAUGCAUACCUGGUUAUAUUUUCUAUAGCACACAGAGAUACGUUUGAUGUAGCAUCUGACCUUCUUUCUGAGUUAAGGGUGGAUCUAGGAAGCGAUAGGCCUAUUGUUUUGGUUGGAAACAAACUAGAUCUAGUAAGAAAACGGAAGGUCAACACAGAAGAGGCACAGGAUGUUUCAACAGUGUAUGAUGCAAAGUAUAUGGAAGUGUCUGCUGGACUAAAUCAUAACAUUGAUGAACUAUUGGUUGGAAUAUUAGCUUUAAUCAAAUAUAAACUGAAUCCAUCUCUACCACCGCCAACAUUGCGUGUAGACAAAAAGAAGCCAGGUGUAUCAAGAUUUUCGUUUAAAGCACCAAUAGAUUUCUUCAGUCGAAUGUUUCAAUUAGCACGAGAUAAGUUUAGACCUGCAAGAAAGACUAAAUGAAUUGUAAUACUCUUGCUUAACUGUUAUAACCAUGUCUGAUGUUCAAAUAUACUAAGUCUUGUUUUUAAAAAAAGUUGACAAUAUAUAAAGGCAUCCAGAUUUUUUAUUUUUGAGUUGAAAAAUACUUCAAUAAACAGUAAUGAUGAUAAAAAAAAAUAAAGGUAAAACAUUUGAGUAAA